GGAUUGUAAUUAUUUUUGUUUUAAAAAUAAAUAUAUAAAAAUGAAAACUGGACUAUUCAUGGGAUCAUCUUUGGCUCCUAUACUUGUCGAAUGGGUUUUGGAUGAAGUAAUUCUUCAAGCCUUAGAAAAACUUGAUUUUAACCCACAGUUUUGGAUGGCCUACGUAGAUGACCACUUGACAUCCAUUCCAAGAAAUAAAAUCGAUAUGGUUAAAACAGCCCUAGAAUCUUUUGACAAAGAUAUAACAUUCACUUACGAAUCAGAAGAUAUUUUGACAAACGAAAUUAAUUAUUUGGAUGUUACAGUUAAAAGAAAUAAUGAUGGCCAAAUAAUGACUAAUUGGUAUCAUAAGCCAAUAGCUUCAAACCGUUUAUUAAACUAUUACUCUGCACAUCCAAUUCAAAUGAAAUUUAAUAUGGUUAAAAACUUUAUUCGAAAAGUAUUUACUUUUAGCCAUAAGUCUUUUUGGAAUAAUAAUUUAAUAAAAAUCAAAAAUAUAUUAUCAAAAAAUAAUUAUCCAGUUAAAAUAAUUGAUAAACUUAUUUCUUCUGUUAAAAGCGAUAAUUUCAAAGCAAAAACUGAUGCACCUCAACGUUUUAACUUAAGUAAUUAUAGUUUCUUAUCUAAUAAUAAUGACCGAUCGUGUGAUAAAUUAACAAGUAAUAAUAGAUACAUUUAUUCUUCUAAACAAUAUAUUCCUAAAUUAAGUGAGUCAAUAUCUAAAGUUUGCCAAUAUUUUGUACCUGAGGGUAAAUUAGCAAUGAAACCAACAAACCAAAAUUCAAAAUUUUUCGUUAAUACUAAAAAGAAAAUUAACAAAAUUGAUAAUAGUGGAGUAGUUUACUCUAUCAAAUGCAAUGAUUGCACUAAAUUAUAUGUUGGAGAGACUAUCCAGAAAUUAGGCUCGAGAAUUGACCAACACAAAAAUGAAUGCAAAAAAGUUAUAGAGGGCUCAAAUACAAAAAAUGUUGCUGCUUUGGCUGAACAUGUGAAACAAUAUGGACAUUCGUUUGAUUUUGAUGGGGCAAAAAUUCUAAAGUUUGAAAGAAAUAAAUUAAAAUUACAAAUUCAAGAAGUAAACCAAAUUAUUAAAAAUGAACAAAUCGUAUGUAACUAUAAAACCGAUAAAAAGGAUUAUACAAACACUUAUUAUAACCUUAUAGUUAAUAGAAAUGUUCAAAGUAACUAAAUUUAAACUUUCUAAAAUAUUUUUUGAACAAUACUUUAAAAAAAAUUUUUAAUUUUUAUUAAAAUUAAUGUUUGAUUUUUCAAUUGUUUUAAAUGUCGAAAUAACUUUUUAGAAAAUUGUUCAUAUUUUUUCAAAAAUAUUUCAAUGACCCUGAAGAUGAGGCAAGUAAGACCUCGAAAUAUAUAGGCAAAAAAAAUAAAUAAUUUUCUAAAGUAAAAAGAUGCGUUUUUAAUAAUCUGAACUAAAAGAAGCAAAACAAAGAAGGUAAUAAAUAAAAUAAUUACAU